AUGAAACUUCGUGGUUUUUUCUUUGGGAAGGGGGGUGGGGGGGUGGCGGGGGAGAGGUAUUUACAAGUGCAAGGAUUAUGUGGCGCACCCUCUCUGUCUGCAUCUACCCUGGAACAGUUUCCUCAUGAGAACAUCUUGAAAGAAAGAAACACAGGGUCAAAGGCUGACCAAGACCAGUUAGUGAGGAAAUUUAAAGUUCUUAUUUGCAAAAGCAAAGUGAACAGAGUAGCAACAUACAGGGAACUAGACAAUGACCUUCUCAGACAUGCAGCAUUCCAGACUCUAGAUAAUGAGAUUGAUCUCAAAUUACUGACCAAAGUUUUAUCAGCAGAAUCUGAAGUCAUUGAGGAGGAUAAACCGUGGGACUGGGACCAAUUAUUCACAGAGGUUUCCUCAGAACUAAUCAAUGAGUGGGAAGCCAGUGAAGUCAAAGAUUCGGAUCCAACUGCUGCUUGACAGAGAACUAGAUGUUUAAUGACUUUGAUCUUUGAAUUAGUCCAGAGACUUGUGGAUAGUGAACAAGGGCAUUUUAAUCAAAGAAUCUGUUACUUUAACAGAAUUAUCUCUUGACAUUUGAAGUUCUUUUUUGUAACUUUUUUUACAACCUCAUAUAUGUAAAAAAGAUUGAAUCACGUCAUUAGUCAAGCAGUCCGUCCACUUCAGCUGAAAUUUUGCUGAAUUUUAUAUACUGCUCUCCUUGAAUGGCAUUUCUUCAUUCUUCAUUCAAUCUGAAAAAAUUCUUCUGCCUGCAUUACCAAUAUUAUAAUUCAUAAUUUAUAAUUUUAUGAUACUUAUUUUAUUAAAAGUAUGUCACAUACUUGAUGUGGUCAAUCUUGUGACCAGGUAUUUUAUG